GAAUCAUGCCACUGAGUAUGACAAAGCGUUUGACAUUUAAGAGAAACAGUGGCCUUAAAUUAUUUUUUUUCUCUGACUCUAUCACUGUGGUGUGGGGUUGGCUUAAUCUUCAAAACGGACAUGCACAUACCACGACUUCCCCUCGUAUGCCUCUCAAGCUCUGCUCAAGUCAGUUUCCUGAAAGCUAGCUGUCCAUUGACGCAGUUUGGUUCUGUUUCUCUGUAAGGCGUAAGUUUGAGUUAUGACGAAGCCUGGAUUCACACUGCUUUGUCUCAUUCCUCUUUCUAUGACCAUUGGCCAAGCUGCUGCUAUGGAUGAGGCAAACGUCUGCUAUAUCUUGGAUGCCGUUCUGUUCAUCUACGGACUUGUCCUAACUAUCCUUUACUGCAGAAUGAAGAUUCAGCAGGAACUAGCGAAAAAACAGGCUUCUGCAAAGAAGGAAGCAUCAGAGGGAGUCUAUGAAGGACUUUCACAUCGUACUCAAGAUACCUAUGAGGCCAUAAACUUGAAGAAGACCAAAUCAUAAGAUGGACAUAGCAGGAGAAAAAAAGAA